AUGUCUCGACAUCUUUUCCAUAACGCUUCUACCAUGUCAAAAGGAUCCAGCUGGUGCCCGAGCGAUAUAUUUCGCAUGCCAUCUACUAGUCCUUCAAAAUGCCUCCUUGAGAUUCACUCUGAUGGCAGUAUCAGCGGAAACUGGUAUACUAUCUCUGUGACUGAUGAGCUUGAAAAGAAAAUCUCGUGGAGCGGUAUGAAUGAUCUGGUUAAACAGCGGCUCCAGGGUGCCCUUAAACGCAAAACAUGCUAUCUCUUAGUCGAGUGCGAUGCUAAGAAAGUGGAAAGAGCUCUACUCGUGACUGAAGAGGGCAGCACGGACGGAAAGCUCCUGUGUCAGUAUGUUGGUGCUGUAUACUUCCGUUCGGCGCAGCCAAAAUCAGAAGGCAGAGACUCACAGGUCGAAAUAAUCAGUGGCCACACUGAUAGGAAUGGUGUGCCUGGAGGCUCUCAAGACAUGAUUACAUCAGAAAAGGCAGACAGUAUGACACACUACAACAUUGAAACAAAGAGCAAAGAAAAGAAGCUAACUGAUGAUUCAGAAUUUGAAAGUUUGCACAGUGCAAUAUGGAGAGGGGCUCAUGAAAUGCUUUCGCAACUAAUUGAACAUGCUGACAUAACAGAGGUUAAACUAGAUCAGCAGCCACUGCAUCUCGCUGCUGAGAGAGGGAAUGAAGAGUUUGUGAGAAUUUUGCUUGGCAAAGCUGAUUUGGAGGCACGAGACAAGAACGAUCAGACUGCCCUGCACCGUGCUGCCUGGAGUGGCUCCACUGCUAUUGUGGAACUGCUAUUACGCAAGGAGGCUCAAUUAACCACAAAAGACCACUACAGCAAUACUGCACUGCAUAUAUCAGCACAAAUGGGAUUUCGACCUAUCAUAGAGAAGCUCGCCAACAAGAUCCCAGCCGGAGGAGACAGAACAAACUUUAUCAAUGCCAAAGGAUAUAAAGGCCUGACUGCCCUGCACUAUGCGUCAAUGAACAGACAUACAGAAGUGGCACAAUACCUGAUCAACAACGGCGCCACGUCCAAGGCAGAAGAUGAAGUAAAUACUGAGACAAAUGAUGUCACACUUGGCUUGACUCCGCUACAUUUUGCUGCUGAAAACGGGAACAGAGAGUUGGUUGAAAUACUAAUUCAAAGCGGCGCGGAUGUUAACACCAAUUACCAGUGCAUCUAUUGGACACCCUUGCAUUGUGCAGCAAUGACUGGACAAGAAGAGGUGGUCCAAAUUUUACUUGUCAAAAAUGCUGAUCCCAGGGCAAAGGACAAAUACGGCUGGACGCCACGUCGAUUAGCGGAAGCGAGUGGGCAUUUGCAGGUAGCUGAGCGUCUUCAACUGAAAGAAGAUGCGGAUUCACCAGAGAUUCAGGACUGGACGCUCCACGAGUCGGCAACAUCAAAUAGGUACUCAUCGCUUGAGGACAGCACGAACGUAUUUGCACACAGGGACUGCUUGUCAGCGCUGCACUGUGUAGCAAUAAGCAACCAAAUGCCAUUGAUGGAACUCUUUACCGACAAUACUGGGUUUGAUUUCCUGCACAAAGAUGAAGGUUGGAGUCCAAUGCGGUUCGCGGUCGAGAAGGGGCUAUGGAUUGGGGCUCAGCGGCUUUUUGCAAAUGGUGCCGACGUUGAGGCGACGUAUGAAGCUGGGAAAACACUGCUAUUGUUAGCCGCUGAAAAUGGCCACGCAGGCGAUGUUGAUUUGCUACUCCAGUGCGGUGUUAAAGUUGAGUCAAAGGAUGUGUCUGGCCGAACACCACUAUCGCUAGCCGCUAAACAUGGGCAUGCAGCUGUUUUUGAACGGUUACUCCAGUGCAGUGCCAAUAUUAACGCAGAAGAUGACAAAGGCAACACUCCACUGUCACUAGCUGUUAAAUAUGGGCAUAUAGCUGUUGUCAAACUGGUACUCCAGCGCGGUGCUAAAGUUGAGUCAAAGGAUGUGUCUGGCCAAACACCACUAUCCUUAGCUGCUCGAUAUAGGAAUACAGCGCUUAUUAAACUGCUACUGCAGUAUGGUGCUGAGAUUCAUGCAAAGGAUGAGAACGGCCAAACACCACUAUUCUUUGCUGCUCGAUAUGGGCAUACAGCUGUUGCCAAACUGCUACUCCAUCAUGGCGCUGAAGUUGAUGCGAAAGAUAGAUAUUACAGAACACCGCUGUCAUGGGCUUCUACAUGGGGGCAUGCAACUGUUGCCAAACUGCUACUCCAGUGUGGUGCUAAAGUUGACGCGAAAGAUAUGUUUUGCCGGACACCGCUAUUACUAGCCGCUAAACAUGGGCAUGCAGCUGUUAUCGAACUGCUACUCCAUCGCGGUGCUAAAAUUGACAUGAAAGAUAAAUCUGGUGAAACCGCGCUAUCAUGUGCUGCUACUGAGGGGCAUGAAGGUGUCAUCCUAUUGCUACUCCAGCGCGGUGCUAAGGUUGACAUGAAGGAUAAGAGAGACAGAAGACAGGUUUCACUAGCCGCUCAGCAUGGGCAUGCAGCUGUCGUUGAACUGCUACUCCAGCGCGGUGCUAUAGUUGACGCAGAAGAUGCGUAUGGCCAAAUGCCAAUAUUGGUAGCUGCUCAAUAUGGGAGUACAGCUGUUGUUGAACUGCUACUCCAGCGCGGUGCUAACGCUAAUGUGAAAGAUGUGUUUGGCCGAACACCGCUAAUAUUAGCUAUUCAACACGGGCGUGCAGCUAUUAUUGAAAUGUUACUUCAGCAUAGUGCCCAAGUUGAUGCGAAAGAUAAGGGAGGUGAAACACCACUAUCAUUGGCUGCUAAAAUGGGGGAUGAAGCUACUGUUGAACUGCUACUCCAGUACGGUGCUAAGGUUGGCGCGAAGGGUGUCUCUGGCCGAACCACAAUAUCAUGUAAAUGGGGAUGCAGCUGGUUUUGA